AAAUGCAAGACAAUGCUAUGAGUGUUCGUGUUUGUACAUCAACCCCUCAGAUCCAGGAUAUGACUAUGGACAAUGCCAGACAUUUCCUGCAGAUAGACAAUGCGAGGCUUGCUGCUGACGAUUUCAAAGUCAAGUUUGAGUCGGAGCAGGCCAUGCGGCAAGGGGUGGAGCAGGAUCUGGGACGACUCCGCAAGAUGCUGGACGACACUCACAUGGGCCGCAUGCACCUGGAGAGCCAGAUCGAGUCUAUGAGAGAAGAGCUGGCUUUCCUGAAGAAGAGCCAUGAAGAGGUACACGCCUUAAACACACCAUUCAACACUGAUUAAACAGCAACACCUCAACCCUA